CAGUUGCUAAGUUGUCACGUCCAAUCAGAGGGCGGCGGGAGGAGCAGCCCGAGGCUUAAAGGGGCCCUCAGGCACACCCGGACCUCCGUGCUCAUCCUUCAUCCCAGCCACACAGCCCCCCCCCCCUACGCCUUUCUCCGACCUCACGAGGAACCCAGAAUCCGCCGCCGAUCACGUUGCCAUGUCGGACCGCUGCCAGCACUGCCAGACGCCGCUGGCCGGGCGCUCGUACGUGAUGCGGGAAAACCGCGCCUACUGCGCCGAGUGCUUCGAGAAACUCUUCUCGCACGCGUGCGUCGCCUGCGCCCAGUCCAUCGGGCCCGGCCAGCGGGAGCUGAUCGUGAGCGGCAAGCACUACCACGACAAGUGCCUCAAGUGCGGCCGCUGCGGUGUGCCCGUGGCCAACAAGCCGUACGAUUCGAGCGGGGACGUGCCACUCUGCAGCGCCUGCGCGGGGGCUUCGCCGGCCGCCGCGACCGGGGCGCUGGCCAAUCAGUGCGUGGGCUGCAGGAAGGUCAUCCACCCAGGCACCGCGAAGAUAGUGUACGAGGGGAAGACCUUCCACGACCACUGCUUCAAGUGCUCCCGCUGCCACGAAUCCAUCGGCAAGAAGGGCUUCAUCCCCGUGGGCGAGGCCGUCUACUGCGCCCCGUGCCACAAGAAGAUUUAGGGCCGGCGGUUUGGGAGCCGCGGCCUCGAUGCCGUGGUGGCUUCUCGUGCAUGUCUCCAACACCCCCCCCCCUCCCAUCUUCUCCCCCCCCCCAACACCGCCGCCCCCCCCCCCCUCCCAUGUGGCCUAUUGGGGGGGGGGGGUGUGAGGACCCCGUGGCUCCCAUCGACUCCCACGCAGCGGACCAGCGGGAGGAAGGUGGCUGGCGCGAGGGACAGGGAUCCACGGUGCCGGCAGCUUGCUGUUGAACCACGCGCGGGUGGUCGGGACUGGGCCGUUCGUCGACGUCAUCGUCGACGUCAUCGUCGUCGUCACCGUCGUCGUCGUUGCCGUGGUGACCACGCGCCGUUACCACGGUGACGGCGCGCGCACUGGAUUCGUUAUCGGUUUCCUAUGGGGGUCGGGUCCGCGGUAAACGAUUCUCGCCGAAUUAUCCGUGAAGCGAGAAAGAAAAACAAGAUUAAAAAAAAAAUCCCACCGCAAAAUGUCAACACGUCCGUCACUAACGCCGCAGCGCGUGCACGCGCAUGUGUGUGUGUGUGUGGGGGUCGCCUUGAAAGGGGCAAAUGUAUACCAUGCCGGUAGACGUUUCGGGCAUUAACCCUUCUUCGUGGCACGCGAAUGGAGAGGCCGGAGAGAUGGAGCGGCGGGGGGGGGGGGGGGGAGACCGAACCUUACGCCGAAACUGCGUCCCUUAGAAGCCCUCCACCACCCGACGCGGCCAAGCAAGUUGGAAUGGUCACGCGGUGUCAAACCUUUUGUUAUGAGUGAUAUCUGUUUCGCGGGUAAAAGUCGAACAAAUUAAUUCGGUCGGUCGGGUGGCGGCGGUGGCGGCGGUGCGGGUUGUCGAGACGACACAGAUAUGGUCAGAUCGUUACGUGGCCGAGCCCAAAAAUCUAACGACGAAUCGUCGCAAAUGAAUUUGGCAGCUGGAACAAAGUGCCGAGUCCUUUGCAUGGUGACGGCAGCAGCAGCUAAACACACGCAACACAUUCGCCAGUGACACUCUGACGCCUUAAAAUGAAGUGUGUGUGUGUAUAUUGUAGGCGACGUUUCGGGCAAUUGCCCUUCUUCAUAUGUCAUAGAGAGGCCAGAAUAGGAGAGACAUUAAACGGAUAAUAAUCUCCCUCCGUGUGUGCCGUGUAGAAGGUCCAUUGACCGAAACGUCGUACAUUAUGUAUUUUUGAAGGCCCCCCCCCCACGCAGUGUUGUUAUUGACACGUAACGGUAUCGAGGUGGUUGUUGUCAGUGUUUGUACAUCGUCAACAACAGCAACAACAUGAUAUGUGUAAUAACAACAACAAGAAUAUUAUCACCACACCGCUCGAGACAAUGCAAAGGUCGUCUUCUCACAGUGUUAUUGUUGUUGUUGUUUGUACAGCAGGGGUGGCAAACUGCACCAGUGUAGAACGUAGUGAUGGGUUUGCUCAAAUCAAAACAUCCUCAACGGGUGAUUUUUUUUUGCAUGCGCUUAUGUACACUAUCAUAUUGGCUGUGCUCCGUUAUAUUAGAAUUCAUAACAAUGAUUGCCGGGAUAGCCCGAUUUACUUGACAGCCAACAAGACAAAGGUCCCCCGUGUAGCCUUAACAGACUGUUGGGGCAAGUGCUGUUAGCGAGCAGCACCUAUGAAGGCCGGCACGGCACACGAGGGGGGUGGGUGCGCCAACACCACGCCCGGCCGCCUUUGUCUCCCCAGUGGGCGAUGUUUACACACCGCACCAGGUUACUCAUUUGAGCCUGAGUCGACCUAGGGGAGGCUCAGAACCGGUUCAGAUAAUCGCCACCGCUGUUGGCCGUGAGCGAGAAUCGAACUCGGGACGCCGGGUUCAGUAGCGCUAACCGCUGCACCACCGCACACACACGAAUGCUGUAUCAUGCAACGUGCGUUAAGAUCCCUGCUGAUUAAACUGUUUAAUUAUAGCGUGA